GUGUUCAUCGGACACAGCGGAUCACUGAUCAACGGAAAGAGCCGAAGAUGUUGGCUUGGUCAUGUGAUCAGCUGUGUCCAAUCACAGCUGAUCACAUGGGACAUCUACACUGAUCAACAGGGCACUAAUGAUCAGUGUGUCCUGAUGAUCUGUGUAGCCCCAGCAGUGCCACCUGUCAGUGUCCAUCAGUGCCAGCUGUCAGUGCUCAUCCAUGCCACCUGCCAGUGCCCAUCAGUGCCACAUCAGUGCCACAUUUCAGUGCCUACCAGUGCACAUCGGUGCCCAUCUGAGCUGCCUUUCAGUGUCACCCAUCAAUGCCAGUCAGUGCCACCUAUUAAUGUCAGUCAGUGCCACCUAUCAGUGCCACCAAUCAGUGCCAGUCAGUGCCACUGGUCAGUGCCGCCUAUCUGUGUGCAUCAG